CCGGCGUCAAACCUCACACUAAAGACACGGGACACAACUGCGCGUUGAGCUGGAGCUUUCUGCUUUUAAUUAGUACUCCCAUUCCUUCGUUUUCGUCUAGAAGACAUGGACAACCACGAACUGAAUGUUUUAUGAAGAAUGUAUGUUUCAAAGCUUUGUUUUUAGCUUUUCUUGUUUUCUUGCUUUUUUAUAUUGCUGUUUCAUCAACUGAGAUUGAGGGGGAAGUAGAGAAGAGGAUAGCAUGGGCAAAACCCUGGGGUUUUGUCUGUAAUUCGAAAUGGACCCGGUCUUGUCACAGCGAGACAAAGACGAUGAGGCCGGGCCGGGACAGCUGUGCCGGGGCUGUGUGAGGAUGAGAGUGCUCCUCUGGGCCUACCCGCUGCGCUUCUCCUGGAUGAUGGAGGCGGAGCCCUUCACCUCCACGCUGCUGCGGGCGGGGGGCCGCGUCCCCGACCCCGGCAUGACCCUGGAGCAGAAGACCACCUUCGCUUUCGUCAUCUUCCUCUUCAUCUUCCUGGGCAUCCUGAUCGUGCGCUGCUUCCGCAUCCUGCUGGACCCGUACCGGAGCAUGCCCACCUCCACCUGGGCGGACGGGCUGGACGGGCUGGAGAAGGGCCAGUUCGACUACGCCCUGGCGUAGAGGGGCCCCGCGGGGGCCCCGUGCGCGUCCAGCGUCACCGCCUCCCUGCCGCCGCUACGCCAAGGAACGUCAGAAACGUGGGCCGUCUGAGACAGCCCAAUGAGCGUCUGACCCGCGAGCGUUCCCCUUCCCCGCCGGCGGAAGGAUACGUUCUCAUGUGUAGGGUAGUAUUGCAGUUUACCCGCUCGUGCUGUGGCCACCCCACCCCUCUGCUGCUGUAGGAAGCGUGAUGUUCGCCCACAAUCGCAUUCUAAGUGUCCUCAGUCGCGUACGGCUCCACUUGGUGUGACAUUGACUCGUUCCUCUAAUAAAUCACGGUCGCGAGCUCCACAAGGUGAAGAGACAUUGAUUACGGCAGACCUGCAAAGGACAUUUGGUUACCUCCGCUGUGUCCCCGUUAGAGCUACCCCGGUCGCCGUAAAUUACAAAUCAAGUUGUGAAUCCUGCUCCGAUUGGUCUGAUCAAUCACAAUUGGUGUUGCUCUGUGUUUCUAAUUUUUUUGUUGGCAGGCAAGUAAGAUGUCUUGAAUCCCAGGGCCAAUCAGGGUAUUAAACGGAUGGAGCUUCCAAAACAAACUGCAGUAGAUACUGUGCGCUCUGUGCUCUGUUUGCGUUUUUGUGCAUUCAAUCAUAUUUAGAGGUUUGUCUGACGUUUUAGACUCUGUCGAUUGUGGUAAGUGAUCAUACUUUAUUUGCUUGUCCAAAAUCUGCCCGCACAAAUCAAUAUUUGGACAAACAGUAGAAUGAUGAGUAAUUUCAUCUCCUUUGGACUUUGAAAUGUACACUGCAGUGUGCCAAGAACACCAUUUAAUCCCUUGAAACUUGUCAUUAAAACUAUAUUAGUUUACAUA